ACAGUGGACGAUGCAGUUCGAGCACAGAGUAGUCGUGAUCACUGGCGCCAGCUCGGGCAUCGGCGCCGCGUGCACGCUGGAGUUCGCCACGCGCGCUGCCGACCUCGCUCUCGUCGGCAGAAACGUGGAAAAUCUCGAAAAUGUCGCCAAACAGUGCGAAGAUAUUACUGGCAAGAAACCACUGACUAUAAUCGCCGAUAUAUCCAUCGAAGACGACGUAACCAGAAUCAUCACAGACACUGUCGAUCACUAUGGAAAAAUCGACGUUUUGGUCAACAACGCUGGCAUCCUAAUAUUAGCUGGCGUGCUCGAUGACAUUGCGAGCUUCGAUCAGAUGCUGGCGACCAACGUUCGAGGCACCUACUUAAUGACUCAGAAGGCCAUCCCUCACCUGCUGGAGACUAAAGGCAACAUCGUCAACAUCUCGAGUGUUCUAUCGAAGCAACCGAUCCCGGCGAUGAUGCCGUACUGCAUGACAAAAGCGGCCAUUGAUAUGCUGACCAAGUGCGUCGCGCUGGACCUGGCUCCCAGGGGGGUGAGAGUGAAUUCCAUUAACCCGGGGCCCGUGAAUACUAAUCUGUUCACUAGAAACGGCGUCAGCGAGGACGUGAACGACAAAAUGUACGCGGGAAUGGAAGCCGCCAUGCCUCUAAGGAAGCUGGCGAAGAGCGCUGAUGUGGCGAAACUGGCGUGUUUUCUGGCAAGCGACGAUGCCAGCUGUAUCACUGGCAGCUGUCAUCAGAUCGACUGCGGCUUGCAUCUCGGUGACCCUGCUAUCAAGGCAUAAUCUGUAUGAUGAAAAACAAUAUGAUGUAAUCGACUAAAUAAAUCUUAGUUUUC